AUGGAACUGAGGUCUGAGAUGACCAACGUCCCCCCGGCGCCCUCUGCGGUGCCCCCCAGUUCGGUGGCGGCAGCGGCGGCGGUGGCGGCGGCAGCGGCAGCGGCCAGCCUGCCGGUGAGCGUGGCCGGGAGCCUUCUGCGAGCCCCGCCGCUGCUCCUGCGGGCUGCCGAGAAGUACCCGCGCACCCCCAAGUGCGCUCGCUGCCGCAACCACGGCGUGGUGUCGGCGCUCAAGGGCCACAAGCGCUACUGCCGCUGGAAGGACUGCCUGUGCGCCAAGUGCACGCUGAUCGCCGAGCGGCAACGCGUCAUGGCCGCCCAGGUGGCGCUGCGGCGGCAGCAGGCGCAGGAGGAGAACGAGGCCCGCGAGCUGCAGCUGCUCUAUGGCACGGCCGAGGGGCUGGCCCUGGCCGCGGCCAACGGCAUCAUCCCGCCGCGGCCCGCCUACGAAGUCUUCGGCUCCGUGUGCAGCGCCGAUGGAGGCUCGGGGGCUUCAGAAGUCAAGAUGCAGAAAUUUGACUUGUUCCCCAAGACGCUUCUCACCAGCCGCUCCGUGACCCCUCAACACAACAAGCCUUUAACGCCGGAUGGGACGGACGGCGCGCCAGGCACCUCAUCCCCGGAGCCGACUCGUCACGGCUGUGGCUCGGGCUCGGAGAACGGCGACGGCGAGUCUUCGGUCAGCUCGCCUGUCUCCAAAGGCGCCAAAGAUGGCAGCGGGGGCGGCGGCGCAGAGGAGGAGAGCACAGGCUCCGUCAGCCCGCUGGGCUCCGACUCGGGUUGCUCUGAGGCAGAACGGGACGAAGCAGGUGUCCCCUCGCCUGGUUUGGCCGCUGCUGCCGCGGCCGCCGUGGCGGCGAGCAGCCGGCAGCAGCGGACGCCGUUGGACAUCCUGACGCGCGUCUUUCCCGCGCACAAACGCAGCGUGCUGGAGCUGGUCCUGGCCGGCUGCGGCGGGGACGUGGUGCAGGCUAUCGAGCAGAUUCUUAACAACCACCACCACCACCACCACCACCGGGGAGCAGGCGGCAGCCCAAGCCAAGGACUUUCCGCCGCCUCUGGACUCAGCUCGGCAGGGCCGGACAAGGCGAGCGACGAGGCCUGGGCGCGGGCUGCUGGAGACGCGCCGGGGACCUUGGCUGGCCUGCAGCCUUCGUCGGCUGGCGGCGCCUCGCAUCACCGCCCUCUUUUGGCCGGCGCCAUGACCCCAGCCAUCGGCGCGCUGGGCAGCCGCUCCGCCUUCUCGCCCCUGCAGCCCAACGCUACCCAUUUCGGGACGGCGGCUGAGGCCGGGGCCUAUCCCCUAGGCACGCACUUGAGUUUGAGCCCGCUACGCCUAGCUUACUCGGCCGCGGCGGCGCACAGUCGCGGCCUGGCCUUCAUGACCCCUUACUCCACGGCGGGGCUAAUGCCCACGCUGGGCUUCCGGCCGCCUAUGGAGUACGCCUUCAGCGACCUCAUGCGGGACAGAUCGGCCGCGGCGGCGGCGGCUGCGGCUGCCGCCGCCGCUGCCGCCAGCGUGCACAAGGAGCAGACGUACCCAAACGGGCUUUACGGGCCCUUGGUGAAUAGCGCCCCAGAGAAACAGUAG